GUCAAAGAUGGCUGCGCUCACUAUGAUGUGACAGAUUGUUCGGAUCAAAACAUUGCAGUUUGCACAGUUACAGGAUACGUUGCAGAGGUGGUAACGAAAUAAUCUCAUCAUGUCGCAAAACACCUUGCCUGUGAACGACACGGGAAGGGUGCCUCCAAAAUCGAUUCGUGGAUUACUUUUGCAGAAGUUCGAGCGCCUACCAGAAAAUGAUAAGAGAUCUUUUGCAAAUGGCCCGUUGUUCCUUGGAGUCAGCGGGGCGUGUGUUGGGCUCUUUGCCAACACUCUUUAUCGGCAAGUGCUUAACGUCACCCAGGGUCUGAUCACGUCGAGUCUACCCAUGACAGUUCUGCCGUUUCUGACAACCGUGGCAUUGUACAACGCAGCUGUGUCACAGCCGCUGUUGGCAGGAGAGCUCAACUGUCCAACCUGCGCACUAAUCCGCGGAGGACUGGUCAGUGCACUUGCUGGUGGCUUUUACCCAGUCCUGUUGGCGUUACCGGUCAGUGCUGGCCUUGCAACAAGAUACAACACUGCACCAAUGCCAGAAAGGGGAAAUGUGCUACGAUUCUGGAUUAACAUUACACAGCCCAUCCUGAACAGAAUGGGUAUUGUAUUCUUAAUGCAGGCCAUUUUUGGCCUUUAUAUGGGGUCUAAACACUAUGGGAUCUAUAUUAAAAUGCUUGAACUUCCCACCUCAAACAGUGAAGAGCUUAACGAUUGAAAGCAACUGCUGACCAAAAUGUAUAAAAAUACUAUGACUGUCUGUUAUCAAUUGUGCUUGGAGAGUU